GUGUUCGUCUUUACUCCUAACUUCACCGCAAGAGGGCGGCAAGCAAGCAAUACUCUCGUUUACUCGACAGCCAAUUCAACUACGUACUUUGUUGUAUCUAGAUUAGUUUAAAUACACUUUAUAAAAUGCCAAAAAAGCAGAGGAAUGCAUUUUACUUCUUCAUGAAGGAACUACAGGAAGAGUAUAGAGCAGAAGGUAAGAAUAUUUCAAUGAAGGAGAUGGCGCCAAUUGCUCAUCCUUUGUGGAAAGACUUACCCGAAAGUGAGAGAAUAAAAUAUGAAACUAUGGCACGAGAAUAUAAGAAUGAAGCGAAAGACUGCAUAGCAGGAAAAAUGUGCUCUGAUGGUACACCUCUGGAUGACGUUUAUCGUGCUGAACGAGAAGAACAAGAAAAGGCAGAGGAAGCAGUGAAAUUUGUGGAAAGAUACAUAUUCCGUAUGGAUUCUGUAGAUGAAGUUAAAAACACUCCUUUCUUCAUUAUGGUUUUCAAUGUUUUAUGCUGCACUGACGACAAUGAAUAUAUUCCGUUAGAAGUUGGAAUUACAAAAUAUUCAAUAAAAGAGGGAAUCGAAGAUUAUUUUCACACGUUUAUUGAUGCCGGACGCAUACCUAUCGGAUACAGUCGAGCUGCAAUGCAACACAGUGACGAAACGCAUAAAAUUCCCACGUUGAAGUUUGAAUUGUCGGAGAGUAACUAUUUAAAAAUCUGUAAAAGUAUCGAAAGAUUUGUCGAGUCGGAAGGAAAAGAAAUUGCGCCGGUAUUUUGUUUGGAAGAAAAUAUAAAACAGAAUCAAGGUUGUCUUGAUUGGCUUUGUAAGAAAGCAAACUAUUACAAUAUACAAAACGUACAGUAUUAUAGUUUGGUUAAUCUUUUAAUGGAACUCAGGGCUUACGUUGAUAAUGCAUUUCCGUGUAAAGUUGUUGCUGCCGACAUGUUAACUUCUCACGCCUACGAUUAUGCAGGUAAUAUACGUUGCGAUUAUCACGAAACUCUCGAUAAUAUGUAUUGUGCACUUGGAUGUGCCAAACGUUUCUGCUUUUUGCUUUCUGAUGCCGUUUGUCAAUUUUAUGAUGUUGACUGCACUUCAAAACAUUUACCUCCGAGAAUUGAUGAUGGUACGGAUUUCGAAACUUACCAACCCGCACUUCCGCCACCGUUACCGGUUAAAAAUAUCGUCAAUGUUCCGGUGAAACCACCCAAAUCUCACGUUAUUACUACAAUUAUCAAGAAAGAUACGGCUAACAAUAACAUACCUCAUGACGUCCAAGCCAAUUCGAAUACACCUAGUUAUGGUGCUAAUAGACCAGAUAUAGUACUUUCAAACGAUGAUUUUCCAUCAUUAAAUGAAUCAAAACCUAAAAAAGACAACUCUGAAAUGAGACAGCCAAAUACACUGCCUUUUGUUUUAUUCAAAGGACUUAGCCUGAACCAAGACAAGAGAUUUGCGGCCUCAAGUUUAGGACGUGGUAUUGGGCGUGGAAAACAAAUUCCAUAAAAUUCAUUUUAAUUUAAUAUUACUUUUUUUCUUGUGCUUUAGUAACAAGAUAGUGUGUAUAUAUUUUUUACAUAUAAAUGUAUAACUGAAUUGGUUAUAAAGUUAUUUUUAUAGUCAUGACAAAUAAUUUUAAAAUAUAUGUUUCAUUUGAAUAAGUUUUUUCUGUUUAUUACAAAUAACGAAUAUUACAAUUUAAUGUGACAAUAUGGAAUAUGGUUGAUGUUUUUCAGUACUGCUUUCUUAUGUAAAUUUUAAAGUCGAUAAUUUUUCAAGUUGAAAAAUAAAAAAAAAUUAUUUACAUAAUAUUUAAUUUUGUUUGUUAAUUAAAAAUAUUUGCAUUGUAUUUUUCUCUGAACAAAGUUCAACUCAUCACAUUUUUUAUUAACGGUAUAAAU